UUACGAUUUUCAAUUACGGCAGAGAUAGCAGCGAUACACAAAACCAAUUUGCAAUUGGUGCUGGCUAAAAUCUCACUCGAUUUCUCUUUGCUUUGCAUUCGCACACAGAUAUUGCUGUAUCCGGAGGAGGGCUGGGCGCGCACCGCCUCAUCCAGUUACUGGACCAUCACGCCCUGCUGGUGGCAGCCGAACCGUUGUCGCAUUGUAGAGUGCGCUGGCACGCAGCGGCAGGCGACCAAGGCCAGGAUGCUGCCCAUGGACCAGCAGGGCUCUCUGCUGAUUGCCGGACACUUUCGCAGGCCGUCAAUAACAGCGACAAGCGCGGCAGCAGUCGGAGCAGCAGCAGAAGCCAUAUCUCGAGGAGGAGGAGGAAGAGGAGGAGGAGCCGCUACUGCUAGCCCAAAUAGUAGUUCGCAGUCAAAGUCGAAGUCACAGUUGGCAUACAAUGAUGAGUUCAAGCUGUAUCUGACAUCGAACAUAUCGAUGGAGGACUACAACAUGGGCUACUGUCUAACUGGAUUCGUCGAGCGUCGCUGCCAGCUGACAAACACCUUUCAAAUGACGCACUUUGCUGUUAUCAAGCGGCAAUGGCCGCCACCGCCGUCCAAGCUCACCAACUCAUAGGCAUCCUGGCAUCCAGGCCCCCAGUGAUCCCUCUAGCCACGCCCACUUAGUACGUAGCAACAUUGUUGAGUAUACACUGUGCAUACUCUCUAUUCUCUAACCUAGCCAUUAAGUAGUGAAAUUUCGCAAUGCUGUGGCCAACGUGAUAGCAGAAAAAAUGCAAUACGAAAAGUGCAGCAUACUUUUCAGCGCUGCGUAAAAAUAUUGAACUUGUAGAAACCGCAAGCGCUGGGCACUUUGUCGCCACAUUUUUUAUUUUUGCUAUAACAAUUUCUAUAUGUGUACUAGUGCGUAAUUUGUAAUUUUAACUAAAUGCUCUAAACGUGCUUAAUUCGUGUGCUUUCGAUGUUGUGCAAACAACGAAACUGAACAAAACAAAAAACAAAACUUUAAAACAUUAAGCAGUGUAACAUAAAAUCAAAAUAUUCAAAAGCAGUAUGCUUCGGUACACCGAAGACGGAAUACCCUUGCAGGAAUUUCAUUUUAUUACAUUUAUCGCGAAUCUUGGUCAUGUCGAAAGGACCAAUGCAAGGGUAGAACUAAAGCCGAAAACAAAUAACUGCAAAAUACAAAUACUAGCUGCUUUUAAAAGCUAAAAUACAACUAAACCGCUUUGCCGGCCAACGCACACGCACAAAUACACACACAUUGCAUUGCACACUCACUCACACACACUUACAAACACACAUUCCAUUAAAGCCAGGGCAGCUACUUAAUGCUUAAAAAGUGCAACAAAUUGAAACUUGUGCUUGUCGAAGCAUAUGAUUGUGUGCCAAGUAGAGUUUGUGUGUGUGAGUGCAUGAGCUUUUUUGUGUAAGUAUUUGUGAUUGUAUGUCCAUGUUUC